UCUGAGAAAGAAGAGAUAAAAUAUAUCAAAAUCAAAAUCAUCUCUUUUAAAAACACCCCAAUCUUCCCAUUAGAUGAAACCGAGCUUUCACCCUCAGAAAUCAGUAUCGAGGGUUUUUAAGCUUGAAAGUUGUUGAUCAAUGGCGGAAUCAUUGGGUCCACGAUUGUACAGCUGCUCAAAUUGUCGGAACCGUGUUUCUCUCCACGAUGAUAUAAUUUCCAAGUGUUUCCAGGGAAGAAAUGGCCGAGCAUUUUUGUUCUCGCACGCAAUGAAUAUAACCACAGGACCGAAAGAAGACAGGAAUCUCAUAACCGGUCUCCACACCGUGGCCGAUAUUUACUGCGCCGAUUGCCAUCAGGUUUUAGGCUGGAAAUAUGAGCGAGCUUACGAGGCCUCGCAAAAGUAUAAGGAAGGGAAGUUCAUACUCGAGAAGGCGAAGAUCGUUAAGGAGGAUUGGUAACACCCGGCACCGUCCCAUUCAUUCCCGUGUUUGAUAUAAUUGUUAUCCAUGCUCAGACGUUCAUUUUGUACAGAAAAACCCGUUGCCUCAUUGGGAAAUUUGUUAUUGUUUCGAACCUUGUAUUCUUAACAGAUUGGUAAUUCCCGUGUUCAUAAGGUAUUGUUAAUUAAUUGUCCA